CGGUAACUCUCAUUCUGAUGUAAAUAAAAAAAAGUGGUGCACUGUUAUUUAUACUACAGUAAUGUACCCAGUACAAUGAAAUAAAUCAAGAAACACUGAUAUGUUAGGCAUGUUAGACAUGAGACGAGUCUUAUUUGGGCUGUAAAAGAGACAGGAGCAGUUCUCAGAAGUCGGAAGCUUGGGUUAGAGAGAGCCAGAAAGCGCUUCAUUUUUCUUUUGCUCUUUCUUUUCCAUUAAAGUUUUCUGUGAAGCCGAUUUAUUUCAGUAGGUAAAGAAAGUAAGCUGUCAACCUAUGAUUGUGUACGUAAGCGAGGAGCGAGCCUGCAAAUGGGCGGCAUAGGAGGCAGCUUCUAUAUCAACAUGCUCAAUGGAAGCGACGCGCAAAGUUUGGCCAAAGACGCAGAGACGAGCGGUCACCUUCACCGGAGCAAGGAGCUAGCGGACUUCAAAAUGGGCGUCCAAGACGCGAGGCUGUACUAUACAGACUCGGUACCAAAUGGCCAGGAGAACUUUCCGCUGCCGUACCACGGGGAGCAGUGCGCUAGUGAACUCGGAGCGCAGGCUGGAAGGUUUUACUCCGCGGCGGCGGCGGCAGCGGCUCCGCUCAGUAACUGUGCGUUCAGCCGCAGCAGUGCGGCCCAGGCUUACGCAGGGGCUGGUGGGUAUUCACCGGACAGUAAGGACGGCCAGUCGGCCAGUGCGGACUCGUAUCACGCGCACUUUCAGCAUGGCUACACACGCGCGUCUUUCUAUUCCUUACCUGGCGUACAGGUGUGUGGCAAGACGCAGGUGCUUCUCAACAAUUACCCGCUGUGGGCCAAGUUUCACAAGUACCAAACUGAGAUGAUCAUCACCAAACAGGGCAGGAGGAUGUUCCCCUUUCUCAGUUUUAAUAUCAGUGCUCUGGACCCCUCGGCUCAUUACAAUGUGUUCGUGGAUGUGGUUCUGGCCGACCAGCACCACUGGAGGUACCAAGGAGGCAAGUGGGUGCAGUGUGGCAAAGCAGAGGGCAACAUGCCAGGAAACAGGAUGUAUAUGCAUCCUGACUCUCCUAACACGGGGAACCACUGGAUGAGACAGGAGGUCUCAUUUGGCAAGCUUAAACUCACCAACAACAAGGGCAGCUCCAACAAUGUGGCACAGAUGAUAGUGCUGCAGUCUCUUCACAAGUACCAGCCACGAUUGCAUAUCAUGGAGGUGAGGGAGGAUGGCACAGAAGAUCCCUUCCGUAGCAGUAAGGCGCAAAUCUUCAAUUUUCCAGAGACGCAGUUCAUUGCAGUCACUGCCUACCAGAAUGCAGACAUCACUCAGCUAAAAAUAGACCAUAACCCUUUCGCGAAAGGUUUCCGGGACAAUUAUGACACACUGUAUGCCCCUCCUGACUCGGAUCGUAUCACCCCCUCCCCCACUGAGGGCCAGCAGCUCAUGGCAGCCAGCUGCUAUCCCCGCCAGCCUUACCUGGCCGAGCAGUACAUGAGUCCACUGCAGCCCAGCCGCUUCUACAGCUGUGAGCCCGUCAGCAUGGCACAGGGGUGCCCCAAAGACCCAAAUGGCAGUCACCAUGGUCGCUGGUACCUCCCUGGGCAGCAGGGCACACCCACCAAUCUAUUGGAUUUCAGCACUUAUGACAGCGAUUAUACGGCCAACAGCCUAUACAAGCCAUUUCCGUUACAGACAUCAUCCCACCACCCGCUGAGCUACUAUCCGGAGAACCCCUUCGCUUCAGGGACAAUAUCAAGCAAUAGCCCUGCCCCAUGGAGCACAGCAAGACCAUCACAGUACCUUAGCCACUCCCACCCUGGGAAAGCCACAUCUAGCCUGAGUUGGUUCCGUCCCAUGUCUUCUUCUGCAAUGUCCUCCUCUCCUCCAACAGUAAAUUCACGCCUCCACGCUUCUCCAUCACUCAUUGAGUCCUUGAGGCUGCCUGUACUACAGGACAAGCCAAAAGAUUUGGCAGAGGACACUUGGAUGGAGACCCCGUCUGUCAAAUCGGUAGACUCUGUCGACUCUGGUCUUUUUGAGGGUGCAGAGAGCAAGAAAAGACGAGUGUCACCCUAUGCCUCCAGCACUGAGAACUCUCCUCCCAUUCGCAGCAGCGAAGCCUGUGAGAAGGACAACAGCAGCGAUGCAGGCUACUACGGCUUCUACAGUCACUGAGAGCCAUCGUCUCUGAGUUAGUGUAGCACUCCUGCUGUGUCCCACCUACAGAGCUGCACUGCCUUUCGGGAAAAAGCUCUGUGGGAGUCAAGACGAGGGACAACAGAGGCCAGUAACAGCUAACACAGAACUCUCAAUCAUUUUUCCUUCAUAGCCCUGGUGCUAUUUGUUAUUUAUCCAUACACUGUUAUCGCUGGCGCUCUCAUGUUUGGAGUGCUGCUUCCCUUUGGAAGUGCUAUGUGGGUAAGGUCAGGUGGAGGUGCUCCACUCAUCCUGAAGGUCACUGUCAUGGUGAGGACUAGUGAUUCAAGACAAUGUGACGGGUGAAACACUGGCCUGGAGAUAUAUGCAUACACACACACACAUACACACACACACACACACACACACACAGAAAGACCUGGAUGAAUUCAAAAACUGUAACCGUUUAGCAUUUUAAGAUGUCUGCACACCUUCUGACACUCCCCUCAAGGACCUGUCCAGUCACACAGUUCUCUCUCUCUCUCACACACACACACACACACACACACACACACACACACACACACACACACACACACACACACACAAUCCUCUCACACACACUCACUGUCAUAUGCAAAGUCAAUAUGUGAUGUCAUUUUCUCAAGAAUUUAGUUAUGUACUUUUGCAUAUAUACUUUUAUGAUUCCAGUUCAUUCACAUUUUCACUACUCCAGAUGAAUGAAAUCAGAUGAUGCAAGCGAUUGAUAAGUUCUAUUAGAGGAAACAAAGUAUAUCUAUCUGCAACAAGAGGUCAGCACAUGUUCCACUCAUCCUGUCAGCUGUCUUUCUGUCAACCUACCAUUCUCUCAGCUAAAUCGCCCUAACUAGAUCAUGUGCCAAACAGGGGCUGGUUCUAAUUUCAUCUUCUUAAAUAUGCCUCAGUAUCACUGUAAUAUUCAUUAAUUAAGUCAGUAUAAAAUUUCUGCAUUUAAUUAAGCUUUGCUGAACUGUUGCUGGGUUCAUACAUGAUGAAUUGCAAUACAAAUCAAGUGUUAAAAAAUUUACACUGUCAACACAAACAAAGCAAUGUCAGUCUGAUUAGUGUCAAAAGAACAGUCGUAACCCAACAUCAGCAAGUCUCACAACCACGACAAGAAAGACAACAUGCAGAUCGACAGGGUGGGAAAAUAGACACCUGAAAGCAGCACUGAGGUGACUGGACAUCAUAAUCAGACAAAAUCCCACACACCACAGAUCUCACAGGCACAGUGGAAGAACGAGACCUUAGUCUCACCUCAUCAGGUGUUCCAGACCUCCAAAAGGUGAGAAAACCCUUCGACAGCUCAGUAGGCGACAGCCUCAAGAAUGUUAACAGACUGACUGUGGGGGUAAAACGUACAAUACAGGGACACCUUUCAAAAUGUAAACACAUUUCUUUGGUCAUCAACUUGUGUGUUUUGUCAGUGAACCAAAUAUUAAAAUACUUCCUACCAACAAAAUAUCUAUACAAAUAUAUACACAUAUAACACAUAAGGUCCAGUACACUUGUGUGUAUAUGUACAUGCACACACAAAGAGGGGUGACAAGAUAAUUAUUCUUUUUUGUUUUUUUAUUUAUGUCUUCUUUGUGCAAAUGAAAACUGUAAACAAUUCUGUAAUAAGACUGCACUUACUUAGUAUGUACGAUGUUAAAAAUAGACAUGUUUAGAAUAUGACUUUUUAUGAAAUUGUUGUUUUAUUCUGUUUCAUCAGUAUUUUAUAGAGCUUCUCAAAAACCUCUUUAGUGAAAUAUCAAAGCUUCAGUAUGGGGUCAGUGACUUUCAUGCCAGUGAGUUUGGAUUUGCUUACUUUAAAGUUGGAGCAGUGUAUUUAUUUCAGUUCUAAACCAAAUUACACGUCAGCAAUACAAUGAAGUGGACAAUCACAGUGAGAUAUUUCAUAUUGUUACUAAUCAUGUAACAAAAAUACUGCAUUGUUAGAUAUUACUCAGGUUAAGCAUGUGCCAAUGAAUAUUAAGCUCCAUUUGUGUACUUAAUGGAGAUAUUGAAAGUUACUGAGUUGAAAUAACAGGGUUUUAGUUUAGUUUCCUGGUUCUAACUAGUAAGGUACAAACAACUGAUAAGGAUAAGCUUAACUGGAAGUUAUUUUUUUUGGUAAACUGUUUCUAAUUUCAAGUGCAAUUUAAAAAGUGUUUCUGUUAAUUUAAGAGAACUGUUUUUUAUUAUUCUUGAACAAAUCUUGAAUAUGCAUUCAAAACAUUGUUUGAAUCUUUUAUGAACAUUGAGAAUACAGGUGUACAGUAUUGUUAGGGUAAUUGUUAGGAUAUGUUUUAGGUGACCCCUAGUGGAAUAGCUCCCUAUUCAGAUCAAAUCAUUUAUCAAAGUUUUGCAUAGAGAAUGAUAUGAAGAAAUCGGUAUCCUGUUUCAUGAAACUGUGACAAAGCCUCAAAAUGAGUGGUUAGGCCCUGUAAUGAAUCUUUGUGGACAUAGGCUCGCACUAUUAUUCCCUUAUUUACAUACCCAAUGCAAGCAGCAUACUUAGAGUAUAAACUCAAAUAUAAAUAUAACUCCUAUGACUAAUGCCACAUGUGUGAGGGAAUUUACCUUUAAGCUUUCCCCUCUAUAAAGUUUUUUUUUUUUUUUGUAUGGAUUACCAGUGCCAUUAUCAUGGGUAUAUUUAUAUGAUGUACCACUUAAUCUAAAGAUUAACAUGGCUGUAUCUUCUCUGUGAAUAAAAAACAUAUUCUGUACCUUGAUUAAUAAUUUUCUCUAAUGUACAGUUAAAGCCAAGGUUGGUGAAAAACAGGAGCCCUUUUCCCCAAAUAAUGCAGGCAGACGGUACAGAAUAAAUUGAUGUAUUUUAUUUGUUCUAAUUGUAAUAAAACAUAUGUCAUUUUUCA